CUCCAUUUCGAAAAGCAUUGUGGGAUUUGGAUGCCAGUGGUAGCUUCUCGAACGAACUGCAAAGAUGAUGCCCACACCUGUUAUCUUGCUGAAGGAGGGGACGGACACGUCUCAGGGCAUCCCACAGCUCAUCAGUAACAUCAAUGCCUGCCAGGUGAUUGCCGAGGCUGUCAGGACCACUCUGGGCCCCAGAGGAAUGGACAAACUGUUGGUGGACAGCAGAGGUAAGGCCACAAUCUCCAAUGAUGGAGCCACAAUACUGAAGCUCCUGGAUGUGGUCCACCCUGCAGCCAAGACACUGGUGGACAUCGCUCGUUCCCAGGAUGCUGAGGUUGGAGAUGGCACCACCUCCGUCACUCUCCUGGCUGCUGAGUUCAUGAAGCAGUUGAAGCCAUACGUGGAGGAGGGUCUCCAUCCUCAGACGAUCAUCAGAGCGUUCCGCACAGCUACGGGACUCGCCAUCAGCAAAAUCAAGGAGAUCUCAGUCUCUGUUAAAAAAGAUGACAAGCAAGAGCAGAGGCAGCUGCUGGAGAAAUGUGCAGCCACGGCUCUGAAUUCCAAGCUAAUUGCCAGUCAGAAAGAAUUCUUCUCCAUGAUGGUGGUGGAUGCUGUCAUGUCUCUGGAUGAGCUGCUGUCUUUGAAGAUGAUUGGCAUCAAGAAGGUCCAGGGAGGAGCACUUGAGGAUUCCCAGUUGGUGUCUGGAGUUGCGUUCAAGAAAACCUUCUCCUAUGCCGGUUUUGAGAUGCAGCCUAAACGUUACAAGAACCCAAAGAUUGCCCUGCUCAACGUGGAGCUGGAGCUAAAGGCUGAGAAGGAUAAUGCCGAGGUCCGCGUCAAAUCAGUGGAGGACUACCAGGCCAUCGUGGACGCAGAAUGGAACAUUCUGUACGACAAGCUGGAGAAGAUCUACCAGUCUGGAGCCAAAGUGGUUUUGUCUAAACUGCCCAUUGGUGAUGUUGCCACGCAGUACUUCGCUGACAGGGACCUGUUCUGCGCGGGCAGGGUCCAGGAGGAGGAUCUAAAGAGGACCAUGAUGGCCUGUGGAGGCUCCAUCCAGACAUCAGUCGGCGCCCUGACAGAGAAUGUCCUUGGACAGUGUGAGCUGUUUGAGGAGGUCCAGGUUGGAGGAGAGAGGUACAACUUCUUUAAGGGCUGUCCUAAAGCGAAGACGUGCACCAUCAUCCUGAGGGGUGGAGCCGAGCAGUUCACAGAGGAGACGGAGCGCUCGCUGCAUGAUGCCAUCAUGAUUGUGCGCAGGGCCAUCAAGAAUGACUCCAUUGUGGCGGGUGGAGGCGCCAUAGAGAUGGAGCUGUCCAAAUACUUGAGGGAUUAUUCCAGGACUAUCCCCGGCAAACAGCAGCUCCUGAUCGGAGCGUACGCCAAGGCACUGGAGGUCAUUCCCAGGCAGCUGUGCGAUAACGCUGGCUUCGAUGCCACAAACAUCCUGAACAAACUGCGUGCAAAACACGCACAGGGCGGGAUGUGGUACGGCGUGGACAUCAACAAUGAGGACAUCGCUGACAACUUCGCUGCCUGCGUCUGGGAGCCGUCGAUCGUGAGGAUCAACGCCUUGACGGCAGCGUCAGAGGCAGCCUGUCUGAUCCUGUCGGUCGAUGAGACCAUCAAGAACCCACGUAGCUCUAUGGACGCACCUCCAGGGGGUGUCGGCAGGGGCAGAGGUCGUGGGAGGCCACAUGCUCACUAGAUGCAAGGAGAAAAAAACAAAGCACCGCUUGAAGUCUGGAAUUAAAAUCCCAUUGCAGGUAGAGCUGGAGUCAAAGUGUUGGAUGCAGGAAAGGAUGUGUGUGGAACAACUAGCAGUUUGACAAAAGAGUCAUUGGACUUAAAGACAUCUGGCAUUUCAUGAGUACUUUGUUGUCUUGGUAACGUCAUACUCUUCUAUUGCAACUUUUUUUUCCCUUCAAUCACUAAAACAACCCAAGAAAGCAGGCCAGUUCCUGUUUGUGUCGAACUCCUCCUGUGAGCCUUGGCAGUGGUUAAUGUGGUCACAUGACACACUGUGGAUGGUGGAAAUGUCAAAGCACUGAUUGUAUCUGAUCUGUUCACUUGUUAGGCCUUGUUAAAGUAUUUAUUUGACCAUUUUUGUCAAUAAAUUCACAACCGAGAUCACA